AUGGAAAUAAAAGUUUGCGGUGGAACAUUAAAGGUAUCUGGAUUCAUUAACAAUACGCCCUGUCAGUUCGUGGUAGACACUGGUGCUGACGUGACCAUACUGAGUUCUCGAGUAUUUCAUAAAGUGGAUUCUGCCGCAUCAGUGAAAUAUAUGUCUACUGAUGGAGUUAUAAGAGGCUUGGACCGACAAAUAAUCCCCGUUAUCGGACAAGUCGCUCUGGAAGUUACGCUGGGUGAAACGGUUUCUACAAUGGAUGUAUGGGUUGCUUAUAUUCAAGAAGAGUGUAUCGUCGGCGCGGACUUUUUGAAGAAGGAGGGUUGCAUUAUUGAUUAUCCAAGACAGACACUUUGA